AAUACGUCAGUUGGUAACAAACGGUUCAUUGGAUUGCACGUUGUACGAUGUUUUUAUCAAUGGACACUUAUCUGUCGAAGGUAUGCUGUUCUCAUAGUGUUGAUAUUAGUGUAUGUGACAAUGCAGUGCACACUCGUCAUAGUAGUAAACAAAGUUAGACUGUGUCCGGUCACAGAGGAACCAUUGAAACAAAUUGAUGAGCACCGGUCGGCGGGCGGCAGCUGGGAGGAGCCGAUCAGUGCUGUUAGGAACACGCCGCUUAGACGAUCCCAACGUCUCAACUCCACAUUGGAUUCCAGGAGCACCGGCCAGCUUCGUAACACGUUGAGCCGUGCUCGCGAGUUGUGUGAACGAUGGCGUAAUGGGGGUUCGAGUCCAUCUCCCCCCGCGCCAGCCCCCGACGACGAGGGGGGAGGGAGACUGGCGAGGUGGUUCAGCGUCAGGAGGGGGACCUCGCAUCACUAUGACAUGCAGACACACGAGACAGACAAGAUGCCCAAGUUACCAGAGCUCGAGGAGGACAUGUUCUCCUGCGGUGGUGAGGUCCGCGGUGGUAGAGUCCCACCUCCCUCCUUGGGCCCUCCUCCUGACACCCUCACUCCGGUGCAGCUCAGACGACGGCAUGUCGUAGCCGCUAUCAUACACAGCGAGAACUCCUACGUAGCUACACUUCAAAGGCUUAUAAACGACUACAAGAAGCCGUUGGAGGAGAGCAGCCCGGCUAUCCUGAAUGCUGGCAAGAUAUCCACGUUGUUCCACAGGCUACCGGACAUACUGCAAUGUCACUUACAUUUCCGCACCGCGCUCGCAGACUGCGCUAGAACCUGGGAUCGCGACGAAAAAAUUGGCGAGGUGUUCCUGAACGCUUUCUCAAAGGCGGUGGUGUUGGACGUUUACUCGGACUUUAUAAAUAACUUCUCAGUAGCCAUGGAACUGGCGAAAAUGGAGUCUAAGAGAAAAUCGGCUUUGGCCGAUUUCUUGAAAGUGAAACAGAUCAGCGCUCACGACAGGCUCUCCUUCUUCGGGCUGAUGGUGAAACCUGUACAGAGAUUCCCGCAGUUCAUUAUGUUCUUGCAGGAUCUAUUAAAGCACACUCCGCCGGGUCACUCAGACCGUGUCGCGUUACAACGAGCUCUGACUAGACUCGAGGCUAUGGCUGAGGCCCUGAACGAGAGGAAACGAGACGCCGAGAGGAUACAGGCGUUCCGUGCUGCGCUGCGUCGACUGACCCGCGGGGGUGUGGCGGGCGCGGCUGGCGGGGCUGCCGGCGGAGCCGCCAGGUUCGGAGCGGCCCGGCUGCUGGCGGCGAGAGCUGAUAAGAGACAUCUGCUCCGACAAGACGACCUGUUACAGCUGGAAUUCAACCAAUCUGGAACUCUGACUAAACGCAAGCCGCGUCGCCUGUUGUUACUUAACGACCUUGUGGUAUGCGUGUCUGUGGGUGCCGGCGGUGAUGACACCGAGCGGCUGAGUCUGAAGUGGGCGUAUCCUGUCCAGGACGUCGAGGUUUUGGACACAGGGACAUGGCCGACGCUCAGUCGAGUACUUGCUCAAGGCGUCAAUCGUAACGGCAGUCUCCGUUCAAACUCGUCGAGUUCAACGGGCGAGUCACUCUGUAACGAGAUGUCAUCUCUGAUGCACGACUAUGAGACUGUGUCGAGGAUGGCGGAUCUCGCAGCGUCACUAAAGACUCCAUACCCGGAAGUGGCACCAGAAACAUUUAAGGCCCUAUUGCAGAACAUCCAGCAGAGUAUACAGAAAAAAGACGACGAGAUGUCGUGGGUGGACUCGUGCUGUCUCCAGCUGACUAUCAGAGGCCGUGAGGAAGCGAUCACGUUCCAAGCCAACGAGCCGGGCGCGAGGCGGGCCUGGGCCACUGAGCUCAGACUGGCGCAGCUCGCACAGGACAGAGCCAACUGUCCGUCCUGGAGGCUACCACCGCCCGCACCACACUCACCACCACACAAGAUGCCGCUGUUCGUCACGGCCACCACUGUGUACUCUUCAAAUCAACUCACCGAGGUGCGGUGUGGUUGUUUCUACCAGUCGUCAGGUAGUGCUCGUGGUACCACCACUCGUCGCUCCCGCGCUCUGUUGUGGGUGUGUGCGGGCGGAGCGGACAGUCACGUGGCCGUCCUCACACACCGAGCUGCCAAGCUCAAGACGCUCGUCACACUCGACCUGCCCGACACUAAGGUAACGUCAAUGGAAUACGCAAAAGGUCUCCAAAAUGUGACGACGUUGUGCGGAGACACGGUGUGGCUCGGUACCGAGGACAAGAAGAUAAUAAUAUUCUCAGGAGUGGAACCAGAGAAACAGGAAAAACUGACUGAAGUGACGACGACAGCGGCGGUGACGCAAAUCAAAUAUCACUGUGACUCAAUGUUCGUGGGGCUCGCAAACGGAAGAGUGUCCGUGUAUAGGAGGAACCACGACGACUCGUGGGCGCUGCAAGAACCGCUGGCCGUGGAGCUCGGAGACAAACCGGUCCACUGUGUGCUACCCGUCGACGGCGUCGUGUACGCGACCUGCGCGAAAAGAGUGUUCGCCAUCAACGCACUCACAGCCGAAAUCAUGAGAAUACUAGAAUUAAAAGGCGAAGGAGACCGUUCUGUGAAAUAUUUAGCGCAUUCCGGAGUCGGACUGUGGGCGGCCUUCUCUGAUUCGACGUACGUUAGCUUGUAUCACGCUGAGACGUUCGAGCACCUGCAGAAUAUUGAUAUAGCCGCUGAUGUGGCGAAAACUAUCGGCGCUAGGGAGGGGAGCAAACCGGCUUAUGUUUCAGCUCUGUUGGCCGGUCAGGGGUUACUGUGGGUCGGAACGACGGCCGGUGUGACUGUAACUGUUCCGUUACCAAAAUUGGAAGGUCUCCCGCUGAUAGGAGGACACAUAGCCGUGUCGUAUCACGCUCACGCUGGUCCUGUUACAUUCCUGCUGUCCCUGACGCCGGAAUCGAAAAUGGACGUAAAUGUCGUCAGACGAAAUUUAUCCAACGUACGAGCGCUCGCAGAAAACGUAGAGUAUAAGGAGAACGAAUCCAAAGAAGAAUCGGACAAACAGAAGCUGGAGAGACGGAUAUCAGAAGAGAUGAGUCCCUAUAGACCGCAGCGGGUUCAAUCUGCUGUUAUUAGAAGGAAGAAGCCGGGCGACGUCCGACUGAGCAAAACAUUGCCUAAAUGCGCAAACUUAAACGCCUGCGACGUGUACGGACUGUUCGGAGAACUGAUGUUCGUUAAAGACUGUGUCGGGGAAGCAGACGUGAGCGGCUCCGGCGGAGAGUCGCUGAGACGGAGUGACCCAGAACUAGCUGCGAUACCGUUCCGUGUAAGUACAUUGGACAGACGGUUAAGAAUGAGAGCGGGACGGCCUAGGAGCUUAGAUCUGUCCAGCUGGUCAGUAGAUUCGCGAGCGUCGAGUCUGUGCACGUCAUCCGGCAGCGAGGAGUCUAUGGCGCUGCGUGGAGUGUCUAGGAACAGUUCAGGUGCUUCAGGUGCCGCGAACUUGGUGCCGAUGGCCGUGUCUACGCCGGAUUCAUCUUCAAGCAAAUCCAGCACUUCAGAGCGUUCCAUAUCACGGAGCGAUUCAUCCGCCGCCGUCGAGUUGCGGAGCACAAAUAAGACUGCCGCUCGGAGCCUGCGCGGUGCUGAUUAUAUCGUGGGCGAGGGUAGCCGGCGGUCGGUGGUGACGGUGGUGGGGGGGAGGGGUUACGUGGACUGGAGGCAGACCGCAGACGCCGCUGAGAGACCGGCUCCAGCGGCCGACCCAAACCCUAAAGACGCCCAUCUGAUACUGUGGGAAAUGCGGCUUUGAACUAAUAUUCUAACCCCGUGCUAUGUUCUAUUCAGUUUGUAUAUACAUUGUAAGUAUGUAAAUGUCUCGUGCUUAUGUUAAACAUAUUUUCGUCGUUAGCGUAUCAUGUGAUUGUAACAUGCCUUAUUUAUGGAAUGCGGUUGACAAAUUUAUUAUGUAGAUAUAUUGUUUGUAGGCUUUAAAUUAUUCUUAUAUUCGGGUACCGGCUGCGUUGAUGCUUGAUGCGACCCCGUAUUUAUUUUAUAUACAAUUGAAUUAUAUUUUUGUCUGUUUAUUAUGUUCAUGGCAAAAUCUAUUGUAAUCUAUUAAUGUUCAAACUGCGAAACUAAUGUUAUUAUCAUAGCGUGCUCGAAUAUUACUCGAAUGAUGAACACUUUUGGCUUAAUAAUAAUAAUAAUUAAUAUGUAUUUUAACAAACGCCAUAUUAACAUAGAGUAAUUUCGUUGUGUUAUAAAUCGAAAUGAAAAUUAUAUUGUAAAUUUUUUUAACUGUCUAAUUUUUACCGUACACUGGUUGUCUUACGAUUUAACCUUUCAGUUAAGAAUCUAGCGGCCUUAGUUUUUUUUAUUAUAAAUUUCCAGUGUGUGUGAUGACGGCAUUCGUUUUAGCUUUACUGUUAGACUUUAUUGUCGCUUUAAGAAUUAGACUGAUUUAGCUUAAGCGUUAAAACGUAUUAUUAGUUGAUUGUAAAGAUUAUGACGAAUGUACGACAUUUCGAAUGAAUCUGCAUUAAGUAUGUAAGAAACUAACCAAAAUCUUUAAUAUCUCUUGUCAUGAUUCGCUGAAAACUGUCCAUUUACUUAGUGUUACUCUGUAGAGGUUGUCCAGUCACAAAGUGAUCUUCCGUUAAUCGUUCCCCAAGUUAAAUAUUCAUGUUAAAUAAAAUAUUUAUAAUCUAUCAAUGUUACUGCUGUUUAUUGUUACUUUAACACGUUUCGGUCAGUGCAACAAUAGAGAUCAACAGUCCAAAGAAAAUUAUUAAAUUUAUUUAACUUUGUGUAAUAAAUGCAAAUAAAUGUUUGGCAAUAUUAAAUGCAUUACGUGCCAAAAUGUAAAUUACCGAAUAAAGGAUUGUACAGAUUAGUUUUUUUUUUAUUUUUUUAAGUGACAUACAUAUAAAUGUUUUAAUUUAUUGUCUCAGUUUUUCUAUCAGUCUCCGUAAACGCAACAAAAUUAUGACGAGUAAUUGUUAUUUGUAAUUCUCGUAACCAGUUUUAGUUUACAAACGGUUCUUUACACUUCGAAAGCGUCACAUGUUAUUGAUAAGGUGUAAAUAAAUAAGUUUAUAUGUAUACACCUGUA